CAAGAGACAACCCUAGAAACCCAGGCGCUGCCAGCAGAGCCCAACCAGUGGUGUCACCCCCGGGGAAGGGGCGAGGCAGGAGGGCCCGCCAGCUCGAGCAGCGGCCGGGGGCUUGGGUAGACCAGGACGCCGCGACUGAGGGCACCGAUCCUGCCCCACACAGCGCCGGCCGGGCUGAGAGUGAGGCCCCGCCGCCCUCUCCCCACCCUUCCUAGCAGGCUCCGGCCCCUCCUCGUCCCGCCUCCCUCCUCCUCCUCCUCCUCCUGCUGCGGUGCCGCCUGACAAGGGGACUCGGGAAGGGGGCAGCAGUCUCGCCGAGGCGGCAGCGAGGGUCGGGGGGCGCCAAGGCAGGAGGCAGCCCUCCCUCGCUUCUCCGCCGGCCCCCGCGCUCGUCCUCCCUCAUCUCCCCCGCCGCCAUGGUGAAGGUGUCGUUCAACUCUGCGUUGGCGCAGAAGGAGGCGGCCAAGAAGGAGGAGGAGAACAGCCAGGUGCUGAUCCUGCCGCCGGAUCCUGCCAAGGAGCCGGAGGAUGUCGUCGUGCCUGUUGGGCAGAGGAGGGCCUGGUGCUGGUGCAUGUGCUUUGGACUGGCCUUCAUGCUGGCUGGUGUGAUCCUGGGUGGUGCCUAUCUGUACAAAUACUUCGCAUUCCAGCAGGGCGGUGUGUAUUUCUGUGGAAUAAAGUACAUUGAAGACGGCUUAAGUUUACCUGAGCCUGGGGCAGAGGCUCAGAGCGCUCGCUACCACACAAUUGAGCAAAAUAUCCAGAUCCUGGAGGAGGAAGAUGUGGAGUUUAUCAGUGUGCCAGUCCCUGAGUUUGCUGAUAGCGAUCCUGCUGAUAUUGUCCAUGACUUCCAUCGGAGACUCACUGCCUAUCUUGACCUUAGCCUGGAUAAGUGCUAUGUGAUUCCUCUGAACACUUCAGUUGUGAUGCCGCCAAAGAAUUUCUUGGAGUUGCUCAUCAACAUCAAGGCUGGAACGUAUUUGCCUCAGUCCUAUCUGAUUCACGAACAGAUGAUUGUUACUGAUCGCAUUGAGAAUGUGGAUCAGCUGGGAUUCUUUAUCUACCGCCUCUGCCGCGGCAAGGAAACCUAUAAACUACAGCGCAAAGAAGCCAUGAAAGGAAUUCAGAAGCGUGAAGCUGUUAAUUGCCGAAAGAUUCGACACUUUGAGAACAGGUUUGCUAUGGAAACACUCAUCUGUGAACAGUAAGGAGAAAUAUUACUGUUACAGGAGACUUAAACUACCGUAUGACCCCACCCUUUGUAUUGUGUGCAGUGAUUAUUUUUUUAAAUCUUCUUUUAUGUAAGUAGUGGACAGGGCUUUAUUGCUGAACACCUUCCAUACUUUUCAUCUCAUGAUACAUGUAAAAUCAAUACGUUUUAGUUUUUUUUUCCUUAUUUUCAGGUGUGGUGGUGUUCUUAUAUUUGAAUAGCAAUUGUAUAAAGUCUUAGUUGCUAGUGCAUUUCAUGUGAUGAAUCUUGAAUACGAGGAAGAAGAUAAAGUCUUUGAAUUAUCCACCAGUUUUUAAUUAAGUAAAAUUGAAAAGAAUUAUUAAUGUACAAAUGGACUGCAAGAGCUACUUCUAACUGUAAUAUUACCUGCUAUAUAGUUUGUUACAGCAUAUAGACAAAUCUGUAUUUGACUCCCUAACUAAGUGCAAUUUGUUUUGUUUUUAAAAUAUUGUCAUAUUUACCUUUUUAGAUUGAUUUCUGACUUGAUGUUUUAAAAUGGCAAGUGUUUGCUGUAACAAUCUUUUAGAAAAUUAAGAAGUAACUUAUGUUACUAACUUGUAUAUAAUCCAUGUAUGUGCAAUGGAAAAUAAAUCUUAUAAACCUGUUUGUCUAAAA